GGGUGUUGGUUCCUCAGUAUCACACUGGACACGAUCGACAUCGCAGUUUUCAAACGGUUUUGUAGAUUAUUCGAUAUAACGUAAUUGUCGGACAUUAUUAGUUUUGAAAACGUAACUGUCGAGACGAACUUUGUUAUUUUUUGCAUAGUGCAAUUAGUUUUAAUAAUUUUUAACGACUUUACUCAGUAUCCAGGAUGGUUUACAGUGAACGCGCAGUGGCAAUAAUUGUCGGUGUAGUCCUUCUUGUAGCAUCAGGAUCUGCCUUACGAUGCUGGGAUUGCUCGUCUAAUGUAAAUGCCAUGUGUGCUGAUCCAAUGAAUACCACGGACCAUCAAGCUGCAUUCCACGUAAGAACAUGCGAACCAGGCCAUUACGGCUCCGCCAAACCGAUUUGCCGCAAGAUUGUCAAAAGAGAAUACGGCGACCGAAUUGUGAUACGUCAAUGUUCCACUCCGUACAACGACGAAAUCAAUAUCGACGACGGCCCAUGCAGCUCUACAAUGCAGUCAGGACAUGGCGUAAUCGAAUCCUGCAAUAUUUGCAACACCGAUUUAUGUAAUUCCGCGACGACCGCAUCUACAACGCGACUACUCUAUGCCGGUACACUGACACUCCUCGCCUGUAUCUUCUACCAGUCAAAAUACUCUGUUUUUUAACCUCGCGAGUUGUAGCACAGCGCGUAACACCAUGGCCGAGUGAUGGUGAUCAUCGACUAAAAAGGAGAAAAAUAUUCAUGAUAGCGUAGCUGCGCGAACACUUAAUGCUAUUUACACAUGACUAACAAAUUGUUACUCCUUCAGAGUCGGUUUUGGUUUCGUGAGGACAUAUAAGUAUACGGAAAUAAUUUCGCACAAUUAGUGUCGUGUUUUGCGGGCAGUACGCGAUGAUGUCACGCGAAAGGUGCUGCUGAAAAAAGUUGUGCGCGCACACAUCGCCUGGAAUUUAAUUUGGCGAUCCAGUUGUUGCGAAGUAUUAUAAAUGAUAAGUGCGCGAAUUGCGAGUGACACUGAUUUGCCAAUUAUUGUAAAUACAAAAUAAAGAACGUAACAUAA